GUUAUUGAAAAAACAUAUUCGCAAUUGUGUUAUCUCAUCUUCAUUAGUUAUACAUGUAUAGACAUUGGAGCCCCAAUAAUCAUCAUACGACACCAUUCGACUUAUUUUUACAUCUCGGAAAAAAUCUUUCACUCUCACUCUCUAAAAAUAAAAUGAAAAAAUGAAGAGAAAUGUGUGGAUAAGUGAAAGAAUCUCAAAUAAAAAAAUAUCAGCAUAAAUAACUUAGUAAAAUGGAACGAGAAACAACAGUCAAAAUUCUACAAACACACAGCCACUCAAGGAAAGAGAUCCCAUCGAAUUCGGAAUUCCACAUCUCAUGAACUCACAAUCGAAACCUAGGAAGAAUAGAGACUUGGAGAAACAUUCUGUCAUCUAAACAAGAUUGAUAUAUAUUGAGAAAAUACAUUCGCAAUCGUAUUAUCUCAUCUUCACUAGCUAUACAUGUAUAGACGUUGGAGUCCCAAUAAUCAUUAUACGACACCAUAAUGCGAUCUUUCAUCCAUGCCACUGAGCAAUGGAAUAACAUAAUACAACAGGAACAAUAUCAUGCCUGUACCCAUACUUUCCACCAUUCCAUCCAUCAUCCAUACAAACAGAAGUGAAAUAUCUGCCUACCUACCUACUCCACCAGAUGAAAUUGAAUUGAUACUCCUUGGAGCGUACUUUGUUUACCUCAUACCCAUUGCUUCUCACCUCUCACCUCUCACCACACACCAAUAUCCCAUAUCUUCCAGCCCAACAUCCCUCCGCAUUCCACCCAUCCAUCCAUCCAUCCAUCCAAACAUACUCAACCCCUCACACCGCGAACAAAAGCCGAAAACUCUCUUCACAAUUCGCAAAUUCCAGCAUCUACCCCUCCUCACACCCACCUACUCUCCUCUCUCCCCUCUAUUCCAUUCUUAACCAACCCCACAAAAGAAAUACAAUGAAACCUACUCCACACCUCAGCAUUCCCUCAAUAUUCACUCACCCUCUCCCA